AGUUCUAGUUGAUCUACAACUAAAUUAAAAUAAUGAAAAAUUACAAUUAAGAAACUUUCGUCUUUUCGUUAUAAGAUCAAAUUAGAAUUAUUAUGAAAUAUUAACCGUCGCGGAAUAUUUCGAAAACUUCAACAUUUUGCGGCGGCCCAAGCUGAGGUCCGAAUCUCGGAGGAGACGCCCUUGCGCUAGUCAGAAAGAAAGAACGAACUUUGUUAUACUGUUAAUCUAUUAAUAAACAUUGUGUUUAUUUAAAAUAUUGAUUAACCACGCCGGUUUGAAGAUAGUGUUUUUACAAUAAAAUGCGAAACGAGUUUUUUGUCUUAUAUCAGAAUUGUCAAUGAGUGAUAUAAUCGUGUAGUUAAAACGAAAUAUUUCAAAAUGGAGAACGCUUCGUCAGAAGUUAGAGAGAAUGUACGUACAAUGACCAAAUUCACUCUUCCGGUGUUAAUAUUUAUCGUAUAUGUUGAAAUGAUAGCAAAAUGGAGACGCUGCAUAUCGAGACUGUGCCUGAUACCUCAGCGGUAUGUUCUGGGGCUUAUGGGUCUGUGGGCUUUAUGCAACGCUUAUACAAUGCGUGUUUGCCUCAAUUUAGCUAUCACACAAAUGGUUAAUAAUAGUAAGUCUGGCGACGAUUCACACUACGACCCCGAUGCCUGUCCAGAUGAUAGUGAGCUGUUGGUGAAUGGAACUGCUCCUUUUAAACCACACGCAAUAUUCGACUGGUCCGAGUCAACCCAAGGUUUACUCUUAAGUGGCUUCUACUAUGGAUACGCUAUCACCCAAAUACCUGGAGGUUAUCUGGCUGAGAAGUAUGGCGGGAAAUGGACACUAGGUUUAGGAUUGUUAAGUACAGCCUUAUUUACGCUAUUGACACCAAUCGUUGUUACUGCUGGAGGUGCAACGUGGCUCUUUAUUCUACGUGUCUUGCAAGGAAUGGGUGAGGGUCCAACAAUGCCAGCUCUGAUGGUUGUUCUAGCGCGAUGGGUUCCAGCUCAUGAAAGAUCACUUCAAGGAGCAUUGGUCUUUGGUGGUGCCCAAAUUGGUAACAUUUUUGGUUCCUUCAUGUCUGGCUUUUUGAUGGCUGGUGAUGGACACUGGGCCAAUGUAUUUUAUUUCUUUGGAUGCUUUGGAAUAUUAUGGUUUUUGUUUUGGAGCAUUCUCUGCUUUAGUGCACCAGAAACCCAUCCGUUCAUAUCUGACGAAGAGCUUAAGUACUUGAACGAAAGUAUAACGGGUUCAGACAACAAAAGUACUAGAGAUCCAAUACCGUGGAAAGCUAUAUUGCGAUCAGGGCCAGCUUGGGCCCUAUUGUUUGCCGCAGUUGGUCACGAUUGGGGCUACUACACGAUGGUGACUGAUUUACCCAAGUACAUGACAGACGUACUCAAGUUUAACAUUGCUGCUACUGGUACUCUUACUGCUAUCCCUUACCUUGCUAUGUGGCUCUCAUCCUUCGCCUUCGGUAUCAUUUGUGACAUCUCUGUCAAACGGAACUGGCAUUCCAUUAAGACUGGAAGAAUUAUUUAUACGACCAUCGCUGCUACUGGACCAGCAGUCUGCAUCAUCCUGGCCUCAUAUUCCGGCUGCGACCGCUUUGCAGCUGUUGCAUACUUUAUAGCUUCCAUGGCGCUCAUGGGAGGAUACUAUAGUGGAAUGAAGGUGAAUGCAUUAGACCUAGCGCCUAACUACGCCGGUUCGCUCACCGCAAUGGUUAACGGGACAUCGACUCUAUCUGGAAUAAUUACACCUUAUCUGAUUGGUCUUCUAACACCUGAUUCAACACUAAAACAAUGGCGAGUCGCGUUUUGGAUUUGCUUUGCUGUUCUGGUGAUAACGAAUGUAAUCUAUGUCAUCUGGGCGGAUGGUGAACAGCAGUGGUGGGAUGAUAUAAGAAGGCAUGGUUAUCCUGAAGGCUGGAAACAUGGACCUUUGAAAACCUCUGACGACGAUAAGGAAAAGAGUAAAAAGAAGGAGGCAGAAGGUACUGCAUUAUAGGUAAAAAUCAAAGGGAAAAAAAUAUUUUGGACCUGAAAAACUGCACUAUAACAUUACUAAGAUUUGUUUUUGUAUUUCUUUGUAAUUACCGCACUGCUGUGACUUGUGAUAUGUUGUAAUUAAAAUAGAUACGUCUUAUUACUAAGUGCCGAUUUUUAUAACAUAAUAUAGUCCUUAUUGCUACGAUCCGUAGAUAAAAGUCAUUUACAAAUAUCAUUUAUAAGUAAUGAAAAUAUUAAGUGUAUUAUCUGAAGUUAAUGUUAAUUUUAUGUAAAGCACAAGGUUUUUUUAUAGGAACAACAAUUUUUCUUGCCAAAAAAUAGAUAAAUAAGUACUUGCUAUAGUUAAAAUUGAUUCCUAUAAUACCAUUUCUGUAUACCCAUCCCAUUUUUAUCACUCUUUUUCCGAGGUUCGACAUUCUAGAGUCUUGGGAUUAACCGAUAAACUAACAAUGUUUUAAUCACAUCCUCAGAAUCAGAGUGUAGACUUAAGACUGAGUGUAAUACGUUAACUCAAGUUGUUGAUUUAUGGAAGUCAUACUUACUUCUUAGUCUCGACUUUACUUUAAGUAUAUUUUAAAGCCUUUUGAAAUAUAGAUGUCAAUGUUAGUAAGAUUAAAUUUUGUCACAUAAUUCUAUAAGGCGCAAUUGUUUUCCAACCUAAAUACUGUCUCAUAAUAAAACUCCCACAUAUUUUAACAAAGCCAGCAUUCGGUUUCUAUAUUUAAUAAGUUGUGAUGAAACUAUAACAAAGAUAUAAUAUUUUAUAAUAAUGUAACAAUUUUACUUAUUGUGAACUUGGUACAAUGUAUAUUUUGGUAUAAACGAGUACUUACCUCAUAUUAUUAUCAAUAUCUAUUAAGAAUAUUGCAAAUUCAAACUUAUAUUUGUAAAGCACUCGAAACGUUGUGGUAUGUAAAUAAUCGAAUAGAUUCGAAAGUACCCAAUGGCAUGUGUAAACAAGUAUUAUUAUACUAUAGUCGCUAUUGCGAACAUAUUUUCGCAUUCAAGGGAUACAUAGAUUAUACGUAUUUCUAGUCUCUUAUGUAUUCAAGUCAAGCGUUUCCUAUUAAACGUUUACAUAUAUUUAUAGGUCAUUGAUAGGUCGAUCUACAAGAAAAUAUUUAUAGGUUAUAAGUAAAUAUUGUCAUAGCUUUAAAUAUUUUUUUGAGAUUGCAUUAGUGGUACAAUUAGAUUAUUAGAAAAAAUAUUCAGUGAAAAUUUUUCAUUGUCAAUGCUCUAAUUUUAAAUUUGGAACGGAAGACCAGCGUAAGUAAACGGAUUAUAAAAGUAAUGGUUUAUAUCGCCGAAGUGUUUAAUCUAGUUCUAAGGGCUGUAUAAUGUAUAAUAAGUAUUUACCACGGAGUUAAAAACAUGAAAGGUCAAUGACACUGACACCGUGCUUAGUGAUUAAACAAUCAUAUUUAGAUUUUGCUCUUGUGAAAUGAAAUAAUUGGAGUACAAAUUACUGGCGGAUACUCUGAUCUUUCUAACAUAAAUAUAUACCGAGAUAUUUAAAAUUCUUAUUUGAUAAAGAGUUUGUAAUAAGAACAUUUUUAUAUAACUUCAAAACUUUUCAUACUGUGUUUUUAAAUGUGUAAAAACGAAGCACUUUGAGAGCUGCAAAAAAUUAUUAGGUAAUUGAGCAUUUGAUUGUCAUUCUCCCAUUGAGUGGCCUUGGUAUUUGAGAACCUGUCAGUAAUUUAGAAAAGCCGUAAAUGUAUCAUAAAUGAAGUGAUUAAUUGUGUAUAUAAAAUGUUUAGUAUCCAGUUUAAAUAAAUUAUUUGAAAUCGAA